AUGUCCGCCGCAGCAGAGGCCAUCAUCGGCUUCAUCGUGUUCAGCAGCUCGGCAGUGCCCGUUGUGGCCAUUCUCCGGCGGCGGCAGCUCCGCGAGGCGUGCAUGUACCAGCUGCUGGCCAGCAUGGCCGCCGCCGAGAUGACCGUGGGCGCCAUCUCGACCUUGCUGGGCUCACUGCGGCUGCUGCACGCGCUGCCGCCCGGAUGGGUCUGCCUGGUACUCGUGUUCCUCAGGUCUUCGAUCGGCACGUCCACGGUCGUCUCGUUCCUGAUGCUGAGUCUGGAGAGGUACGUCACGGUCGUCCACGGCCUGCGCUACUUCGACAUCGUUACGGAUCGGCGGCAACUGCUGCUGGUCGCCGCCUCCUGGCUCGCCGCUGCGCUCAUCUCGGUCUUAGGCAUGACGCUUCGCGGCUGGCUGGGAGGACGACUAUCUGAGCACCUGGCCUACAAUCACUGCACGGGUGGGUGCUAG